AAGCACACCUUAUUUAUACUCUGACACAUAUCACAGUUAUCCGGAGAUGCUAGUAAGAGGAAAAUCUUCGUCAGUAGCGCCGUCGAGAUGCUCAAGAACUACAGCUUCGACGGCCUCGACAUAAACUGGAUGCACCCGGCUGACAAAGAUGGGCAACCUGAGGACAAGGAAAACUACAUCGCUCUCCUGAGAGAUCUUCACGAAGCCUUGGCAGACGAGGAGCUGAUACUCACAGCCUGCGUCUCUCUGGAGAAACUGGAGGUCGAUGUCGCCUACGACGUCCUGGGGCUCUCGGACGCCGUGGACUUCAUUCUGCUCAGCGGCUACAACCUGCACGGACCCUGGGACACGUUCACGCACCACCACGCGCCCCUCUUCUCUCACCCGGCCGACACGGGCGACAAUGCUCUUCUCAAUAUUGACUACGGAGUUGGUUACUGGAUAUCGAAAGGAGUCGACAAGAAGAAGCUGGUGCUGGGCCUCGGCACGUAUGGAACUACAUGGACUCUGAACAACUUAGACGACAAUGGUUACUACGCUUAUGCAACACAGGCGGGGAAACCUGGCCCUUACACAGCCACUCUGGGGUUUUUAGGCUACAAUGAGAUAUGCGAAAUGCAACAUGGGAGUGAUGAAUGGACAGUGGUGAGGGAUCCUGACAUGAACGAGCCCUAUACAUACUCCGUUGACAAGACCUGGUGUGGUUACGAGGACUCCCAGUCGAUGUGGCGGAAGGGUCAGUACGCCCGGAGCCAAGGCCUGGCGGGGACGAUGGUGUGGAGUCUGGAGACGGACGACUUCUCGGGGUCCUGCACGGGGCGGCCCUACAACCUCAUCAGGUCCAUGAAGGAGGGCUUCCUGGACCUGCCCUUCAGCACUCCUGCGCCCCCGACGAGUGCCUCAACGCAGACGACAAGCGGCUUAGUGACACCGACGUGUGGCGCCGAGACUUUCAUCCCCGACCUGUACUGUAAUAAAUACUGGCAAUGUGUAGACGGCAUCCCGCACCCUCGGGAGUGCUCCGAAGGCCUCGUGUGGAAUAAUGUCCUUUUGACGUGCAAUUGGCCCUCCGUCACAGACACAUCCCAUUGCCUCAUGCCUGGCCAGACGAUGACACCGCCUGAGUCAUCCAUCACAUCAACGCCUGAGACAUCAACAAAAUCAACGUCUCAGACUUCUCCAUCAACUGUAUCGAUAUCUGAGACAUCUGCACCAACUUCUCAGAUACCUUCAACCACAAGAACUUCUCUGACAUCUACGACCACUAUAUCUACAUUAAACCCUACGACAACAACCAAGCCAAUUCUGCCUGACUGUGACCCUGCAUUGAAUUACUUUGUGCCUCAUCAAUCAUGCAAGAGGUACUGGUGGUGCGUUGGGGGGCACGCUGUUCUCGGAAGCUGCCGUGGAGGCCUUGUGUGGGAUCAAGACGCUCGGGUUUGUGUCUCUGUCGGCCAGAGUGACCCUACGGACUGUGGCAUUUUGUAGUAGCCUUUACUGCAUAUUCACCCACUAACUUAAGAAGUCGUGUGGUGUGCUGUGUUCUUGUUUUCUCUCACAAAAAGUAUGAGCAAAGUAAAAAGACAAAAGAUA